AUGCUAGGAGAGGAUGGCAUCCACGUGGACAUGAAUCACCUGAAGAAGGGUGAAGUCAACCUGGGAACCUCCAUUAUGGCGAUCAACUUCAAGGACGGCGUGAUAUUAGCCGCAGACAGCAGAACGACGACCGGCGCGUACAUUGCGAAUCGAGUCACCGACAAGCUCACACAAGUUCACGACACGAUCUGGUGUUGCAGAUCCGGCUCGGCAGCGGACACACAGGCCGUAGCUGAUAUCGUACACUACCACCUCGGCAUGUACGGCAUCACCAACGAUGAACCUCCGACAACACAGACUGCAGCGGCCAUCUUCCAAGAGCUCUGCUACUCGAACAAGGACUCUCUUUCGGCUGGGUUGAUCAUUGCGGGAUGGGAUCACAAGCAUGGCGGCCAGGUAUACUCGAUCCCACUCGGAGGUUCCCUGCACAAGCAAGCGUACGCGAUCGGCGGUUCGGGGUCCACAUACAUCUACGGAUACUGUGACGCAAACUGGAAGGAACACAUGACGGAAGAGGAAGGCAUCAAGUUCGUCAAGGGUGCGCUCUCUGAGGCCAUCAAGUGGGACGGAAGCUCUGGCGGUGUGAUUCGCAUGGUGGUGCUCACAGCCACGGGCGCACAGCGACAUCUGUACCUGCCAGACCAAAACUACGAGGGUCCUGGUAGGCAGUAA